AUGGGCAGGAUUCAUCGAGAAGAAUAUCGGUUUAAAAUCAAUUACAAAAUCUAUACUGAAGUAAUAAAAACGAGGUUUACAAACCAAUAUAACAUACCGUUUAUCGACACUCUUAACGAACUCGCCUGUGUUCUAAAUGAGGUGAUUCAGUUGUUGGACAGUUUCAACAAAAACAAGUGCGUACCACACGACAGCAGUUUUGAAAAGAACUUCGAAUCCCUAACAACAGGAGUCCGCGGAGAUUUCAUGGGGCUUCUAGUGCAUUUUGAUGAAAUGAAGGCCAAAGAGGCCAACUAUGAUGGGCAGCAUCUACAACACAAUCGAGAAAGUACCGCACCUGUGCCAUACUUGGAGGGAAGAGACCUUAAUUCGGAAAUGUACAGAGAUUUUACAAAAUCGAUUCCGGGAAAACAGCCAGCGUAUUCCGAUAUUAUGGCUUCGGGUUGCUUCGUAGAGAAUUUGGAAUUUGAGAUUUCUGGUUUUAAAACGGAUUUUGAAAAUACUACCGAAGCAACUCACAUUUAUGGCCUUAACAGCUAUGGACGCGCAUCCGAAAUUAAAAUGAAACUUGUAGAAAACACCUAUUAUGAAGAAAAAAUAGGUAUGAUAUUGUUUCGCGAUAAAGAUAAACCGUUCAAUGAUCUUCCUGAAAGCUCCGGCCAUACUAUUCUAGACAACAUACCUACGUGUAAAAUAAAUUAACAAGACUCCAAAGACCAACACGGAGAAACUAGAAUUUGAUAUCAAAAAUAUACAUGUCUAACAUGUCUCAAAUAUUAAUCGAAUAUAUUAUAAUCUAAUGUAAAAAUUACAGAAAUUAUUGUAC